AUGAUCUCUACAUCCUUACUGCUGCUGCUGGCAGCCGUACACUGUGUUCACAGUGUUGAGCUGACCCAGCCUGCAUCCUCAGUAGUAACCCCUGGUCAGUCACUGACUCUGACCUGUAAAUUGUCUGGAUAUUCAGUAACUGCUAGCUACUGCACACACUGGAUACGACAACCUGCAGGAAAAACUCUGGAGUGGAUCGGAGAGAUAUGUGGUGAUGGUAACACUUACUACAGUGAAAAACUGAAAAGCAGGUUUCAGGUUUCCAGAGACACGUCCAGCAGCACAGUAACAUUAACAGGACAGAACAUGCAGACUGAAGACACAGCUGUGUAUUACUGCGCUCGGGAACCCACAGUGAGACAGAUCAACAACAUCCCUGUACAAAAACCCCCAGUACAGAAACCUCAGUGCAGUGUUCACAGUGUUGAGCUGACCCAGCCUGCAUCCUCAGUAGUAACCCCUGGUCAGUCACUGACUCUGACCUGUAAAGUCUCUGGAUAUUCAUUAACUGAUGGCAGCUACCGUACAGCCUGGAUACGACAAACUGCAGGAAAAACUCUGGAGUGGAUUGGAGAGAUACUUUAUAAUGGUAACACUUUCUACAGUGAGAAACUGAAAAGCAGGUUUCAGGUUUCCAGAGACACGUCCAGCAGCACAGUAACAUUAACAGGACAGAACAUGCAGACUGAAGACACAGCUGUGUAUUAUUGUGCUCGAAAGUACCACAUGGAUAAAGCCCUGACACAUGAACAGUGUCAGUUCAAGCCAUGA